AUGGAAACAGCUACUGAAGCAAAUAACGAUUUUGAUUCUGAUGUUCCUCUUCCAUUAGAUGGUGCAGAAUUAACUACUCCAAGAGGAAAUUCAGUUGUUUCAUUUGUCUCAAUUUUAUAUUCAAUGGUAGAUUGUAAAGAAAAUUCCCAAUAUAUACGUUGGUGUGAAAAAGAUCAAGGACAUUCAUUUGAAAUACUUGAUGCAGUAGCAUUUUCAAAAGAGAUAUUACCGAAAUAUUAUAAACAUACAAAUUUUUGUGGGUUUAGUCGACAAUUAUCAUUGUAUGGAUUUAAAAAAGUUUGCGAUCCUUUUACUCUAAGAAACUUAAAAUUUGAAUAUUCUCUUUUUGUCUACACGUUGUUUUUUGAACGUUCUACACAGUUAGUCGUUUAA